AGAGGGCAGCACAAUAAAAUGGAAUUGACAGUUCACAGAUGUUGGAAGUAACGUCAAAAAAUCGAUUAAUUAACGUCAUAUCGUUUAUUAAUAUCGUUUUUAAACUUUUAUUUUUAAUUAAAUUUUUCUCUAGAGGGCAGCGCAGUAACAAAGUUGACAGUUCACAGAUGUUGAAAAGAAAAUCCAAGAUGGCGGACUUGUUGAAGUCGUGUACCUGUUGGGUUCGGUUUAAAUACGGACCCGAAGAAGUCGAACAACUUCAUCACAGUAAAAAAAUCGAUAAAAUGCUUGAAAAAGAUAAACAGUUAAUACGUAGACAGGUGAAAUUAUUAUUAUUAGGCGCUGGAGAAAGUGGUAAAAGCACGUUUUUGAAACAGAUGAAAAUCAUUCACGGUUUAAAUUUUGAAGAAGAAAAAAUUGCUGAAUUUAGAAUGACCAUUUACCAAAAUAUUAUUAAAGGAAUGAAAGUGUUAGUCGAUGCGAGAAAUAAAUUGAAUAUUCCUUGGGAAGAUCCCGCGAACAAUCGAUAUGCUUCACACGUGAUGAAGUAUGAGAACAGUGUGAUGUUGGAUGUUGAUUUGUUCCUUGAGUUCUCUUUCUCUGUACAGAAGUUGUGGAAGGAUAAAGGAAUCUUAUGUGCUUUCGAUAGAAGGAGAGAGUUUCAGUUUGAUUACAUACCAUCUAAUCGAGAUAUUCUGCAUGCAAGGAAGGCAACCAAAGGGAUUACCGAGUUCACCAUUCCCGUUAACGGUAUUCCAUUUCAUUUCGUCGAUGUGGGAGGACAAAGAUCGCAGAGACAAAAAUGGUUUCAGUGCUUUGACAGCGUCACUUCCAUUCUCUUUCUUGUAUCCUCCAGUGAAUUUGAUCAGGUGUUGUUAGAGGACCGAUGCACCAAUCGACUACUUGAAUCCUUAAGGAUUUUCGAUACGAUCAUUAACAACAGAUGCUUCAGUGAAGUGUCUUUUAUUUUGUUCCUCAACAAAACCGAUCUGUUAAAAGAGAAGAUCGAAAGAAGAAGUGCAAAUAUCUCUGAAUAUUUUCCGCAAUUCCGAGGGGAUCCAUUUAGCAUCGAUGACGUACAAAAGUUCAUCUUGGAUUUGUUUGAUGACGUUCGAAGGGAUAAAAAGAAGCCAUUGUUCCAUCAUUACACAACUGCAGUGGAUACGGAAAACAUAAAAGUCGUAUUUAACGCCGUCAGGGACACCAUCUUACAAAAGAACAUAACACAACUUAUGUUACAAUGAGAAAAAAGAGAAAACUGCUGGCUUUGAGAAGAGUCGUAAAUUUAACCAAAGAAAGUCGAGAAUCGGCAAUACUGAUCUUUGACAAUAUUUAUUUUCCGAGUUUUGUUUUAGGAAUUUUAACAGAUGAAUAUUCACUCUUUUUUAAAAUUUAUUUAUAUAAUUCCACUUAAAAGUUUAUUAUUUAUGUAUGUAUAUACAAGGUAUUAUCUAUUAAUUCCAAAAAUAUUAGCCCGGCAUACAGUCUCUAGUCACUACGUGUAAUUCAGGGUUUAUAUAUAAAUAAAUACACAUGUAGCAGCUCAUUUUUUAAUACAUUUUUGCAAAUAUCGGAAGAAAACGUUACAAAAAAAUUACGUUAACGUAAUUUUAAAAAGCUUUAAAUCAAAAUGUCAGGCCUGCAAGUAAUCUAAAUACUCGUUUAAUGUAUAGUUACAAUUUCGUUCUCUCAUCCCAGAUUCAUUUGUAAAUAUUUAAAAACUUAUUGUACUUAACAGUUUGGGUAGCUAUUUAUAAAUAUAUUGCGGAAGUUUUCUAUCAGCAAAUAAAAAUUUGUUCCACUACUUAAUCAAAAUAAUGUAAACGAAUAGGGUAAAAUGUUUAUUUCCUCUACUACAAUCGUGCCUUAAACUGCCAAGGAACUCUUAACCCAAGAUUCAAGUGUGUGCGAGAAAGUCGUAAUUUUUAUUCUUUUCGUCUGAAUUUGUCUUUUUAGCGCAAUUCCAAUAUAUGUAUAUCAAGAUAAUGUGAAACUAGGAAUAUUUAUAACAAUUUUUUUAUUAUAUUUACAAAUGUAAUAAUAUAUCAAAUGAAUAAGGUAAAAUUUGUUUUGAUAAUUUUUAUUUAAAUCUUUUAAUGUUGUAAAAAA